AUGGCGUGCUGUCUGCUGUACCGUGGCGACGUGGUGCCUAAGGAUGUUAACGGAGCCAAUGCCGCGCUGAAGAGGAGGGCAGGAAUUCGGUUCGUGGAUUGGUGUCCUACAGGAUUCAAAGUUCGGAGUUCAGUCGGAGGAGACCUCGCGCAAGUAAAACGUGCUGCGUCCAUGCUCAGCAACACCACCGCCAUUGCAAAGGCGGCUCUACCACAAGUUCGACCUCAUGUAUCGCAAGAGAGCAUUUCUGCACUGAGGGUUGACUUGCGAUAUGUGCCGCGACCUGUAAUUAUCGCUGGCGAUCGCAUGCGCUUAGCCAAAUACAAUGUGUUGUUUUAUAUUGUAAUUGAUUAUACCUGUGAAGAGGAAUGUUCAUACAUUAGGUCUGCUUCUAAUAUUUUCAUGGCAGCUGUGACUUGCUUUUGGCCAACACCACCACCAAGAUCUAAGAAAUUGGCGGGUUUCCCUCCAUUCAGGUUAAUGAUGUCAAGAGUUGCCAUAGCCAGGCCGGCACCAUUCACCAUGCAUCCCACGCUUCCAUCCAGGUCUAUAUAA